UUGUCCCAGCGUGCCCUGCGCCUCAGCCCGCGCGCUCGCAGUUUCUCGCUCUCGCCCGCCCUCCGCUCCCUAGCUUGCUCGCGCUUUUGCUCGCGCUCUCCUCGCGGAUCGAAGGGACUGUGGCUACAGCCUGUGGCUGGGAAGGGCGACAGAGGCGGCGGUUCAGGAGAAACGAAGCUGCAGUGGUGGUGGUGGGAAGAUGUCGGGCGAGGACGAGCAGCAGGAGCAAACUAUCGCCGAGGACCUGGUCGUGACCAAGUAUAAGAUGGGGGGCGACAUUGCCAACCGGGUACUUCGGUCUUUGGUGGAAGCAUCCUGUUCAGGUGUGUCGGUACUGAGCCUGUGUGAGAAAGGUGAUGCCAUGAUAAUGGAAGAGACAGGGAAGAUUUUCAAAAAAGAAAAAGAAAUGAAGAAAGGUAUUGCCUUUCCCACCAGCAUUUCAGUAAAUAACUGUGUAUGUCACUUCUCCCCUUUGAAGAGCGACCAGGACUAUAUUCUCAAGGAAGGUGACUUGGUAAAAAUCGACCUUGGGGUCCAUGUGGAUGGCUUCAUCGCUAAUGUGGCUCACACUUUUGUGGUUGAUGUAGCUCUGGGGACCCAAGUAACAGGGCGGAAAGCAGAUGUCAUUAAGGCAGCUCACCUUUGUGCUGAAGCUGCCCUACGCCUGGUCAAACCUGGAAACCAGAACACACAAGUGACAGAAGCCUGGAACAAAGUUGCCCACUCAUUUAAUUGCACACCAAUAGAAGGUAUGCUGUCACACCAAUUGAAGCAGCAUGUCAUCGAUGGAGAGAAAACCAUUAUCCAGAAUCCCACAGACCAGCAGAAGAAGGACCAUGAGAAAGUUGAAUUUGAGGUACAUGAAGUAUAUGCUGUGGAUGUUCUCGUCAGCUCAGGAGAGGGCAAGGCCAAGGAUGCAGGACAGAGAACCACCAUUUACAAAAGAGACCCUUCUAAGCAGUAUGGCCUGAAAAUGAAAACUUCUCGUGCCUUCUUCAGUGAGGUUGAAAGGCGUUUUGAUGCCAUGCCCUUUACUUUAAGAGCAUUUGAAGAUGAGAAGAAGGCCCGCAUGGGUGUGGUGGAGUGCGCCAAACACGAACUGCUACAACCAUUUAAUGUUCUCUAUGAGAAGGAGGGUGAAUUUGUUGCCCAGUUUAAAUUUACAGUUUUGCUUAUGCCCAAUGGCCCCAUGCGGAUAACCAGUGGUCCCUUUGAGCCUGACCUUUAUAAGUCUGAGAUGGAGGUCCAGGAUGCAGAGCUCAAGGCCCUCCUCCAGAGUUCGGCAAGUCGGAAAACCCAGAAAAAGAAAAAAAAGAAGGCCUCUAAGACUGCAGAGAAUGCCACCAGUGGGGAAACUUUAGAAGAAAAUGAAGCUGGGGACUGAGAAAGACCUGGAACCAGAGGAGCAGACUGAUUGAAGAGACAAAACUCCUGGCUUUCUGAAGCUGUGGACUUGGAUGAAUUGCUAGGGGUUUGGAGAGAAAGGUGACGAAUUUCAGUACCUCUGGCAUGCUGUCCCAGGGAACUAGGGCUCCCGCUAACUUACAAGGUUUUUAAACAUAUUGAAAAUGACAUGGCAUUAAAUAAAUUUGGAUUUGCUCAUAAUCAUGUGUCUUUGUUUGCUGCUCUUAAUUGAUGGUGGAGGGAGAGUGUGAGUUGAAGUGAUGAUCAUUUGGAACCUGUUUUGUUGUGUUUUGUUUUGUUUUUUUUUGGCAUGCAGAAUCUUAGUUCCCGGACCAGGGAUUGAACCCAUGUGGAAUCUUAACCACUGGACUGCCAGGGAAGUCCUUGGAACCAGUUUUCUAUAGCCAUAUUUUACCUUUCUAAAACAAGGAAUACCUUGGGUUGGGGAGACAUAAAUCCUGGGUUCUCUGAAAAGAGUACCUUUUCUAUGGGAGUUUGUGAUUUAGUUUCUGAAGUUAAAAACAUACACCUUGCUGCUGACACUGUUCAGGACAUUAAUGUUUACUGCAAAAAAUAAGAACACUGUAUGCAAGUGAUUAUCUUGAUUUAGGAAGCCAGGAAGAAUGCAUUUAGUGUUAUGCAAUUUUUCAGGGCCAGCCUGAGAUUGGAUGGGUAAUUUGUAUUAGAGCAGCUUACAUAUGAGGCAUUGCUGACCUGAAGAUACUACGCUGAACGAAACUGAACACAUCACUUCAUGAGAACUUAUAGACAGUGGGCAAUCAACAGGUACCUAAGGCCGAAAGCUAUUGUUACUCCCCUCGGGCAGCCCCGCCCCUAGGGGCAGGGCGAGACAGCGGAAAUGACGACAAUGAGCGUUCCAUUAAAUAUCCGUAGGUGGGCCUCUACCCCUCUCUCGGCCUUAGCGCCAUCUUCGGAGAAACCUCCGCGCCAUGAGAGCGAAGUGGAGGAAGAAGCGAAUGCGCAGGCUGAAGCGCAAAAGAAGAAAGAUGAGGCAGAGGUCCAAGUAAACUUGUAUACCCAUGGAAGCCACAGGAGCAGAAACAAGGGAAGGCAGAGGACAGGGACGCUGUUACAAAUUGUUGGACUGCUUGCCUACUGUCUAGAACUUGUCUCAGUGGAUCUGGAACAUCGAUGGCCAUUCUGAUCGCCUCGACCGCCUUUGAGAGACCCACCUUACUUGUAUCAAAACGGUCCCUUUUGGUCCUUUGCCCUGGACCUUUGACAUACUGGACUAGUUCUAUUCUCAGUUGUGGCUGAAUGUAACAUGUAACAAUAAAUCAUCUCUUUUGCUGUCUUAGCUGAAGAAAAAAAUU